AAAGGAUCUACGAUCCGUUCAGAAUCAUCGGUUAUCAUCAGCAACUCAUUUCAACCUUCUACGAAAUGAAGCAGCACUUCCUUACUUCUAUCCUGCUCGCCGUGUGCCUACUCACCGGCAGCACGCUUGCCCAGAUCGGUGUCGGUAUAGGAGACAUCGGAGUCACAGUCCUCGGUACGUCCUCCAUCAUUGGUGUUACGGUGGCCACAACGGUUGCAGGAGCAACUACCACCACACCAGCCGUGACCGUAGCUCCUACGACCACCACUACCGCUGCACCAACUACUACCGUGAGCAGCGCCACAACCGCUUCCGGAACGGGAAAUACCGUUGUUUUUAACAUCAAUGGAAGUGUCGUAACUGUCGCUUCAUCCGAUCAAGCCACGAUCGCCGCUAUUAUCGCAGCCCUGUCUUCUACUACUACCGCAGCCGCCACGACCACUACCGCAGCCGCUACAACGACAACUACGACCGCUGCGACCACCGCUGCCACCACCACUACGGCCGCCUCUACUACUGCCGCUACGACCGCAGCCACUACUGCAGCCACUACUGCAGCCACUACUGCAGCCACUACUGCAGCCACUACUGCAGCCACUACUGCAGCAACUACUGCAGCAACUACUGCAGCCACGACCGCCGCUACGACCACCACCGCCGCUGCUUCCACUACAACGGCCACUUCCUCCAUCUCGAUUACGAUCACCAUCAAUGGAACAACAACCGUGAUAAGCGCAAGCGAUCCCAACCUGCUGUCGAUUCUCACCCAAAUUCUCAACAACCUGUCCACGACAACGACGGCCGCCGCCGCCACAACUACUACAACUGCAGCAGCUGCAACUACCACCACAGCCGCUCCCUUAACCCGCGGCGGUUGUGGAGGCCGUGGCGUCGGAAGAAUCGGAAUCGGCUUUGGUGCCGGAAUUGGACUGCGCGGAGGCGGCGGCAUUGGUUUCGGUGUCGGAGGCGGUAUCCGUGGACCCGGAAUUAUCCGUCCCAUCAUCGGCGCUGCCGCCAACACGGCGGGUAAUGUUAUCGGUUCGGCAGUUAACGCUGCGGGCGCUAUUGCCGGAUCAGGACUGAAUCUCGCCUCGGGACUCAUCGGUGGUGCGGCCAAUCUAGCAACCGGUGUCCUUGGAGGAUUAGGCAACGCGAUCGGAGGUAUCGGAACGGGACUAUCGGCAACCGCCAAUGGUGGACUACGCGCCGGAGCAAAUGCUCAGGUUGGCGCAAACGUUGGUUCGCGAUUUGGUGCUAGAUUCGGCGCAGGUUUGGCAGCGCGAGGAGGACUAAACGGUGGAGCUGCAGUCAAUGCCCGAUUCGGUGUUGGUUUCAAUGGAUAAAUUAACCAGCCCUGCCCUCCAUUGCCCACACGUGCUCGCACACACACGCAAACCGUAAUAGAGAUUUUUGUGUAAAACGAUAGCUACUUCUACAACUACUAAAAAUCAGCAAUAAACGAAAGAAUCCAUGUCGAA